GAGACGCUCGUCGACUGCAUAACGACAUAGGGCCCAAGGGUAGCUUGGCUCAGAAAAAGUAAGGUUUAACUGUAUAAAUCAACAAAAUGAAUCAUCAAGUCAACUCUAGAUCCAAUCAGGUAGCUACUGGAAACAUUGCUUUGGCUGCUGUUGCUUUUCAAGAUCACAUGACCAGAGGCCUUUCUCUUGUUGACCCUUUAAAAAAGAAACAAAUUCAUUUUGCGACACCAAAAAAAAAAUUGAAGGAUGUGAAGUCAACCAUUGAUACAGGGAAAAGGAAGAAGGAAAAAGUCAAGAAAGAUGAAGCAGCUAUGGAUAGAGAGUAUGUGAUAGACUCAAGUAAGCAGACAUUAAGCUUGGGUAAGAUAAGAAGGGGUUUUAUUGUUAUAGUAUUAGCAUUGUUAAUGCAUAAUUUUUCAUGUGCUUAUGUAUAUAUAUCUGCACUGACAGACAAAGAGUGGAAAGAAGCAAAAAUGAAGUCAAACAACAGAGAUGACUCAACUCAGCCAUGUGUCAUCUGCAAGGAAGAUUUUGGUCUUCAGGAGCAGGUUUUAUUGUCUUGUACACAUGUUUUUCACCGGGCUUGCCUAAAAGCAUUUGAGAGGUUCACUGGUAAGAAGUCAUGUCCGAUGUGUCGCAGAGAACAAUAUCAGACAAGGGUCAUUCACGAGGGCUCAAAACUACACCGGAUUAAGUGUGUGGUCAGAAUACAAGCAUGUUGGAGAGGAUAUGUUGUCAGAAGUUGGUACAAGAACCUUCGUAAAACUGUCCCCCCAAGAGAUCCAAAGCUGAGAAAGAAGUUUUAUGAAGAGAAGCUUGAAUCAAUCAUUGACAGACUUUUGCGGUCCUAUGACACCGGUGUGGAUGACUUCUUGAUGGAAAUUGAUCAAUCUGUUGCAGCAAGUAGAAGCAUCUUUCAACACCUUGAUGCUUCAACAUUACAAUGCAUAUCCAAUGGAGAGUGGGAGCUGAUCCAAAUGAAGGCCUUAAGACGGGGUGACACUGAUUGUCCAAUCUGCAUCAUGCCUUUAGACAGUUCACCAGAUGAGUCUUCUCCCAGACUUCCUACCCCGAGUUCGCCACCAGAGGCUCAGUCCAAGCGUAAGAAGGUGCUUCUGUCCUGCACUCACAUCUUCCACCAUGUAUGUUUAUGUGCCUUUGAAGAGCUGUCAUUCAUUGAACGUAACGUCUGUCCGGUAUGUCGAUCAGGCUACCAAAAGCGUGUACUUUGAAUUUAGAACCAACAGGUAAUGUUGUUUGUAGUGUAACGUAGUACGUUCAGUAAUGCAUAGGACACCUUUACAAAAAGGAUUAGAAUCAUGGAGAUGCAAAACAGGAGACAAGAUAAACAUUCCAAUUUUUUAUGCUGCUGUCUGAAUUACAACAUAUUUGAAUAUAGAUGUGAUGUCACAGUUAAAAGCAUAACAUUAUCUAACCAUUCUUUUGAUGUGACCAUCUCUAGUAAGCCUCACACUGAAAUGCUAUAAAUAGCAACAUGAGCAUCGUUGAUUUGCUGAGAUUCAGUGUAUUACGCGUACAUACUGCAGGUCAGUUUGUAACACAUUAUUUGAAACAGUCAUUGUAUUUUUUAAGUACCUUGAUAAUUAACAGUAAUGUAUUAACAUCCAAACAAUUUCAGAAAGCCAAAAGAUUUGUAUAAAUAUUAUGUAUUAAAUUGGUUAAAUGUAAUGAA